UCCUGAUUCACAGAGCAUCAGAAAUCUCCUCAGCAAAAUAGUCUAACUCAACUGUAAGUCAGUUGCCAAGCGACACAGCAAAACAAUGGCUUCUGAAGUUGCAAAGAAGAUUCAGAGUCUCACCACAGCAAAGGACAUGAGAGAGUCUACCCAGAUCAUAAUGAAACCUUAUGCCAACUGGGAAGAGUACCUGACACCAGCACCACUCUCCAUAGCUAUAAUGGCUGAAUUGGUCUUCCUUUCUUCUGGAAAUGAUUUCGUCAUUGACAAAAACUCCCCCAAAGAUGGCUAUAAAUACAUCAAAUACAAGUCAUAUCGUUCCUGCCUCAUGCAAGUGUGCAACUCUGGCUGGCAGGCUUUUAAUCAAGCCCAUAAGAGUAUGGAUCAGAUCCGCAUUCACACUUUCACUGUACCAGAUUACAUGAAGACUGUAGUGAAGAUCCUGUUUCAGGGAGAUGACGAAGUCGUCCAGGCCCACUUGCCUGACCAGCUGGAGAAUAUUCGAGUUAUUGCCGAUGAAUGUGUGAAUUUAGCCAAUGCAGCAGAAGAAAGGUUUACCAAUGUGAUCAGUGUGAUUCAAGAGCUCCUGGAGGCGUGUGUGAAUGCAGAAUACUUUUACGGAGAAGAGCUGGCCGAGAUCAAGAAGAAACUGCAAGAAAUGAAAAUGAGAGAGCAAGCAUCCCAAGAAGCCAAUGAAAGAUCCAAGAAAGCAAUGAAGACACUGGAGAGGGAACUAGGAGGGGCACAAGAGCAAUAUACGAAAGCAAUGGAUUCACUUCCUAAUGGAUGGGAAAUAAUUGGCAUGAAUGUAGUGGAAGGAAUAGCAUCAACCAUGACAACUCUACUAAGGGGUCUAGCAUCGACUCUUGGACAUUAUGUUGAACAAAAGUGUAAGACAGCAAUGCUCUUUGAGACUGAUGGCAUAAAAGGUAACGAUGGUGCAGUUGAUGAAGUUGAUAAAAUAUGCAUCUACAGCAAGUCUGGAGAAAUUCUUUCUAUAACACAAACAAUUGGAACAUACAUUGAAGGGAAAGAAAUCAACUGGAAGGAAUUGUAUGACCAGAGGGAGAAAAAAACAUGUACAGAUUUUGCAGCAAAACAAUUUAAAAGGAUCCAAAGCAACCUGGAAAGUUCCCCAGAAUGCAAACCAAAACAAGAAGCUCUGCGCUUAUGUGGAACUGGAGUCAACAUCUGUCAGCAGCUUGCAGAACAUGCACCUGAUUGUCAGUGUAGCAAAGACAAAGAAAACGAGAUAAUCUCCAACUACAGAGAGCUCAUCAAUUCAGCCCGUACUUUUGACACUGAAUGCAAAAGUGUCACAAAGUCUCCAUCCAUGGAGCCAAAAUCACCAAUGAUAUACAAAGAAGAACAAGGAAUGUCUGCUGGAAAAAGGGCCUCAAUGGAUGCUCACUUCCGUGUCGAGCAGAGCCGAGCACAACUGGACAAGACAAGAGACAUGUAUGAAAAGUGUGUGGAGAACAUGGAGAAGAACCAAAAGGAGCUGACUGACAUUUUAGUCACCAUGCAAAACUGCCAGACCAAGGAGAUCGACUUCAACACCACCAUGGACAUGCUGGUCAAAGGUAUGAAGGCCAUGGGUAAAGUGAAGGUGCAGUGGGAGAAGAUGGUACACUUCUUUCAGAUGGUGUCCAAUAUUGUGAAGGUCAGCUUGAGCACGACUCUAAACAACUUUGCGACGACAUCUGAGAAGACACAGAAGCUCUCGUACAAUGCCAAACUGUUCUCUAAAGACCUGCUGUACAACCAGGCCUUCCAGGCGUCCAACAUCGCCAGUCUGGUGCACAUGAUCUCCGAGACCUACACCGAGGUCUCCAACAAGUACCUGAUGGACAGAAUAAGCAGCCUUGGCUUGCUCAUGGUCAUGCAAAAGGAUGAUCCAGCGUUUGAAAAAGAACGCCUGAAGUUACGGAGCGGUUGUGAUGAGGCCCAGAAAGGUAUUCUACACCUGGUCAUUGAGCACAAAAAUACCUUUGAGAGAAGUGCUGAUGCAAGGAUGGAGAAGAUUGAAGAGGAACUGCUAGCCAUACUACCUGCUGCAACUCCUGAAGAAACCAAGGCCAUUAAAGAAGCUGUCACAGCUGGAUUCUCUGAGGAAGAAGAUACCUAUGUCUGAGGCAAUGAUAAAGUCUUAUAGUCUCGCAUAAUGAACGCAUAGUUUAACCCAUAGUGGAAACACGAAGAGAAGUGUGUGGAGAACACGCCUAAAUGAAGCCUAAAUGAGCUGACUGGGUCUUAAAUUUGAAUGCCAAAAACCUUUUUUAGUCUUUGAUUAAAAAAAAAUCUAAUUUAUGUGUAUAAUUGUAAUUCAUAAUGAUCCAUUUUGAUUUAAGUUUUAGUUGGUUUAGUUUAGUUUAGUUAGUCUAACCAAAUAAAUAAAUAAUUCCUUUUCAAGAUAUGUACAUGCUUCUUCAUGUUUUUUUUGUCAUUUAUAUGAAUUUUUAUUCCAUCUCAACAACUUUUUUCAGCUAGUAUGACCCGGUCAAAAUAUAGCAUAACUUUUCAUGUGCCUAUAUUAAAUCUAAACUUGCACCAUGUUUGUACUUUAUUUAUCAGUUAUUGUCAAAAAGACAUCUCUUUAUCUGUUCAAAUGUGAAAGAAAGGAACAAAAUAAAGAAUCAAUUAAAACUUCA